UCCCCUCCGUUCCGCUAGAGGCCGCUUGUAUUAGUGCUGUGUGGGCUGUCGCUUCCGCCUCUUUAUAUCCUCGCUCCCAGCAUCCUUUGCCCUCUUCUACCAGCUCGGUCCAACAUGGUGGGUUUCCGUCUUUGCCUGUCCGCCGUACUAUCCUCUGCCAUCCUGUGUUUUAGUGAUCAGACCGGGCCCGAGCGAGGCCGCGGAGACUCCCUGACACCCACACCGAGCCUGCGAGCCCUGUAUUGGCAGGAGAGGCCCGAGCCGGCCGGAGAUACGGGGAUCUGAUGGAGCCGCUGGGUGUCAUGGAGGCCCCGCUGAUCGCUGCCUGGAGGCCGUGGGUUCAGCCUGUCCGGAUCAUUGCCGGGGGCCCAGCUGCCUGCUGUGCUAUGGGAGGGGGUAGACUGGAACCGGCCGGGGAGGGUCAGGACCUUAUUGGGAUAACAUAGUCUGGGGAUUGCGGCCUAACCUGCUUCCUGGCCGUGUGAGCAGUUUGUGUCCCCUGCUCUGAGCUGUGUGUGCGGUGUGUGUGUGUCCUGCCCUGAGCUGUGUGCGCGGUGUGUGUGUCCUGCCCUGAGCUGUGUGUGCGGUGUGUGUGUCCUGCCCUGAGCCGGGUGUGUGCAGUGUGUGUCCUGCCCUGAGCUGUGUGUGUCUCCCACCCUGAGCUGUAUAUGCAGUGUGUGUCUCAAGGUCUGUCCAUAACGUAUACAUUGUAUCCGAGAUCUCUGUAUCACGUUUUUGAGAGAAUGCUCUACAACUUGAAAUCGCCUGCAUUGAGAUGGUGUGAGAGGAAAAGAUUUUGGUACAUAUCGAUCAGGUAUAAUGGUAUAUAGCUUGUAUAGCUUAACAAGUUUUCUUGUAUUGUCUUAGGGAGACUGUGUAACUGAUCAAGACAGUUGUGGGUUUGUCAAAGUGUCCAGAACAGAAAAGUGGUGCAAUUGCCUUGGAAACCUGUGAACUCACCAGGCACAUUACAUUGGCAAUGGGUCUUUCAACGUUGCGCCACUUUUCCAAUCACUACACUUUAAUAAUUAUCUCCUGUUGUGCAGGUUAUAAUAUCCAUCCGGACAGGUUCAUUUCACAUGUCCUAAUGUAUUUUGUGACCAUUAUUUUCUGUUGAUAUACUUUAUAACCAAGUUGUUCAUCUUUUCUUAUCGUGUUAUCACAUAUGUACCAGCAACUUACCUUUUGUUUAGAUUCUAACGCUAAGAGAGUUAUUAACUAAAGUGGAAGGUAUCAAGAAUUUAAAGCGAACUUCAUAUUUUAACCUAAAAUAGCCUAAUUGAAAACACCGGUGACUAAUCGUCUGCUGGGACGUAAUACAUUUUAAUUUACUUUGAAUUCAGACCUUGGUGAAUAACUCUAAGCAAUUUUGUACACAUACUUGUCUGUAAACCUGCAUCGAAAGUGAUUUUGGUCCUGUUUAUGGCCUGAUCAUUGAUACUGCAGGGAGAGUAAAUAUAUGAAAGUCUUUCCCGUGUUUGGAGAUGCUGACCGUGCCUACCAAACCCUGUAACUUUCACACAGCCCUGUACAGGUUCACAUCUAAUGCCAGCAUAUGACAAAGGACAUUAGAGAUGAUGCCUUCCUGCACUUAAGACACCUGUUAAUGUGUGUGUGUGUGUUUUUUUAAAUUACAAAUAUCAUUUUUUGCCUCUGCAUUCCCAGCGAACCUUUCCAUGGCUAAUUUUUAUCUUUUUCACUAGGGACGCGUCAGGACAAAGACCGUGAAAAAGGCCGCUCGGGUCAUAAUUGAAAAAUACUACACCCGAUUAGGCAAUGACUUCCAUACCAACAAGCGUGUGUGUGAAGAGAUUGCCAUCAUCCCAAGCAAGAAACUGCGCAAUAAGAUCGCUGGGUAAGCUUUACAGCAGAAUGGAGUAGUGGCUAGGGUGCACAGUUUCUCCUGAAAGGGUUGGUGUUAGUUACUCCAACUAUCUUGAGCCCCCUGCCUCCCUUUCCUCUCAGUAUUGCUUGUUUUAUUACAUUUCCCACUAUCCCUCCUCUUGCUGGCUCUGAUUGCGUGCAUGCACUCUUGGCUGGCGAAACGAUCCAAUCAAAUGAUUUCUAUGAGAAGCUUUUCAUUGGACUGCAGAAGGCUCUGGCUGACAUCGAAAUAGGUGUGGACGGCAACCGUGUGCUGCUCCACUGUCUCACCUAAACACAUAGCCUUUGCACCAUAAUCGCUACAAUAAUGUAGUAUUUGUGCUUAAUCACAAUCUGUAGUGAUUAUCGUAGAGUUUUGGUGUUUUUAAUGUCUGUGUGUAGACAUAGCUCUGAUCAUGCUGCUGCAGAGGAUUUGUAUAACAUUUUCAUGCCAUGCAAUCUUACUGAUAAAAACAGUUGCGCAGCAUCUGUAUCAUGUGUAAUAUGUUAGAAUUUUAAGGACCACUAUAGUCACCCAGACCACUUCAGCUUAAUGAAGUGGUCUGGGUGCCAGGUUUUAACUCUGCAUAUGUAAACAUAGCAGUUUCAGAGAAACUGCUAUGUUUACAUUGCAGGGUUAAUCCAGCCUUUAGAGGCGCUUCCGCAACGCUCAAUUUGAAAAUCACAUUGAGCACGCAGAACGUCCAUAGGAAAGCAUUGAGUAAUGCUUUCCUAUGGGCAGUUUGAAUCCGAGCGUAGCUCUGGCCGCGCACGUGCAUUCAGCUCCACUCAGGAGCUGAUGUUGGAAGGGGAGGAGAGGUCACCGGCGCUGGAUUACGGUAAGUGGCUGAAGGGGUUGUAACCCAUUUAGCCCAGCGUGUGUGUGGGGGGGAACCUAAGGACUAUAUAGUACCAAGAAAACGAGUUUGUUUUCCUUGUACUAUAGUGGUCCUUUAAUAUUGCAAUGUUUUUUGAUUUUUUUUUUUUUUCCUGCUCUUAAAAUCCCAUUAAACCUGCAUCGAAAGUGAUUGUGGCUCUAUUAGUCGCCUAGUCAUUGAUACUGCAGGAAGAGCAUGAUGUGAAAUAUUUCCCGUGUUUGGAGGUUGUGAUAGUACCUACCAAACCCUGUACAUUUUACACACUGCCUCAUUCGUACAUGGGCUAUCUCAUAAAUUACGAGUCUGAAUGAACUCCUCUUAGGGCAUCAAAACCUGACCUGUUCUGUCUCUGUAGGUAUGUCACACAUCUGAUGAAGCGCAUCCAGAGAGGCCCUGUCAGAGGCAUCUCCAUCAAACUGCAGGAGGAGGAAAGAGAGAGGAGGGAUAACUAUGUCCCAGAGGUAAGUUAGCAGAAUAAGAUAAAUCUUGUAUCUACACCUGUUAUUUCUGUGUAUGAUUUUAUUAUUCUUUUGACCUGCAUCGAAAGUGAUUGUGGCUCUAUAAGUUGCCUGGUCAUUGAUACUGCAGGGAGAGAAUGUUGUGAUGGUUUUUCCCGUGUUUGGCUGUCUGACUCUUGUACAUUCCAAACCCUGUAACCAUCACACAGUGUUCUUUUGUGCACACUUUAGGUACACAUUCUGUCUUGCACUAUUUAUCAGGGUUAUUUACUACAGUGAGGAUUCAAAGUGAAUUUCAGGCGUAAAGCCAGAUUAGCCGAACUAAAAGCAUAGCCAGUUUGGCUUUAUUUUUCUUAAAUCUGAAAUUCACCUUGAAUUAUCACUUUAUUGAAUAACACUGUACGUCUUUGCCAAUCUCAUUCCUGCUCGCUGUUUGCAUCGUGGUCCAUUAAUUAAACUCCAGUUUCUGGUAGUACUAGCCCUGUGUAAUGCGGUGUUCAAAUUAGUAGUGAUGUGUUUUAUAUAGCUAAUUUGUUUUUAUUUACACUAUAGAGCAGGGGUAGGCAACCUUCGGCACUUCAUAUGUGGUGGACUAAAUGUACCAUGAUGCUUUGCUAGCAUUAUUGCUAUAAGAACAUUAUGGGAGAUGUAGUCCACAACUUUUGGGGUGCAAAAGGUUGCCAACCCCUGUAACUAUACGAGAGAACAAAUACAGGUGACGUGAAAUCCAUGUUUAAAAUCCCAGCAGGGGAUUGAGGUACAUGACACUAACAUAGCUAUUUAACAAGAAUUGUUUCUGUAAUGUUGGCUUUUAAUUGAUGUUCUACACUACAGGCUUGAUGUGGUGAUAAAAUAUUAUUUUGGAAUUAUUAUUAUGGAAUUUUCUCCCAAUCACUGCAGUCCUUAACUUACUUGUUUAGAUCAGUUUAUCAGCUCACCCCUUAACACAUCUUCCCCUUCAUCCGUCCUAUGCUGUCUCACAUCUCAAGUUCCCUAUUCAUGAUCACUCAUCCCAUCCUUUUCAGUAUAUCCAGAUUCCCUCACUUCCCUCUCUGUAUUUGUCCCUCAACACUUUUACUUGUUUGGGCAGGGCUCUGUUCACAUACUGUCCUCGUUUGGCAAAUGUGUUUUGUUAGAAUGGUUUGUGUUUCACCUAUUGUACAGAAUUGUGGAAUGUGUUGGAACCAAAUAAAUGUAAUUGCCAUUGUUCUACUCCAUAGGUAGCUAAUAAUGGGGCUGAUUUUGUACUCCAAUCACCACCUUGGUUUUAUUGCUACCUCUUUUGAGCUUCUGGUUUCUAAACAAACUCUGUACAUUUAGGUUUGCACCGUUCUCAUAUAUAGCAAUGAGGUUCUCUGGAAGGAAUCUGUGACUGAUGACCUGUAGACUUGUUUACGUGUGCAUUUCAGCUUGUGUGAAUUAAAUACAUUAUCUACAUUUAAACUAAUCGAUCACUUUACCUGUGUAGUCGGUUGUAUGUUUUUGUUCGACCAUAAAUUUAAAGAAAUAUAAAAAAAAAUUCACCAGCUUAAAUGCAUUUGUCUGUUGGUUGCCAGUGUUUGUCGCCAUUGCUUAUUAGAAUAGGAAGGUAAGAUUGUAAAGGUGCAUUCUGUCAGAUAUUGUACAUAUCUUUUUGUUAUAAAACUCCCUUUGGAAGUGUAGCUGUUUUGUUGAUGUAAUGUUUAGUUUUCAACAUGGUUUUUAACUUGGUAUUGAUUAGGGAUCGACCAAUAUUUUUUUGUUUGUUUUUGUUUUUGUUUUUUUAUACCGAUUUAAUCUGUGAACUUUCAGACCGAUAACUUAAUGAUAUUCUGUGCAUUUACCAUUUUGAAAAAAAUAAACUAUUUCUACACAAAUUUACUGUUAAAUGAAUGUUUAUUUCUUUUAGCAAAUAUUUUUUUUUUUUUUUUUUUUAAGGUAAAUGCACAAAAUAUACAUGCCAGUCCAUAAUUUGUUUUCAAGAGUGUGUGUGUGUGUGUGUGUGUGUGUGUGUAUAAAGUGGAUGCAGUGAGUGUGUGUAUAAAGGGGGAGGGGAGGGCAGCUGCAUUUAAUUUUUUUUUAAUAUAUGUAUUUUUUUUAAACUUUAUUUUUAGUCGUCCCCCCCCUCCCUGCUUCUUAUCUGGCCUGGGAGGGGGGGUAUGGCAUUCCCUAGGGGGCCCAGCACACUCUUACUUACCUUCCCAGCAGCUCACCUGUCUAACUCUCGCUGCCUAUGUUCUGCGCUGAGCGUUGCCAUGGUAACCUGUGGCUCUGACAGCCGCAGCACUCGAAAGAGUUAGACAGGGGAGCUGCUGUGAAGGUAAGUAAGAGGGUGCUGGGUCCCCCAGGACCCUGAUGGCGGCCCUGGUAUGCAUUAUCAGGAAAAAAAUUUUUUUACCGAUUUAUUGCUGAAAAUACAGAAUAACGGCCAGACUGAUAAUCGGUCGAUCACUAGUACUGAUUGCAUUUUUGUGCUGGCACUGCCUUGUCUGAUGUAAAGUAAGAAAUAUCCUGUGAUUCCUUACAUAUGCCCUCAUGGUCUGGGAAUCAAGGGCAUACACGUGUUCAUAGGUUAUCUGUGGAAGAUGGUGGCACUGCCCACCUGGAAAUGUUGAGUUGUGGUUUUUAUAGUUUCCGACACUUACCUGUAGUUUGGAUACCUUGCUGGCAUCAAAGGAUUUUCCGUGCAUUUAAACUUGUCUGCAUGGUAUGCAUUCAUUCUGUGUUGGUACAACUAGUUGUGAAUUUGGGGCAUUUCCUGUAAUGCCAUCUAUUUGCGGGACUCUAGAGUAAUACCUGUUGGACACUCCACCCAUCCGAGGACUGUUAGGCCAAAUCUGAGGCAAUUGGCUCGUCUGAAUUUGUACACUUUUCCUCCAAGUUAUAAUGGUGCUUGCAUUGCAAACAUAACAUUAAGUAUAUUAAUAUCAUUUCAGAGCAGUCACAGUAAUUGGAUAUAGUUUUGGGCAACUAUUAAAGUUUUAUAUUUAUUUGGUAUGUUGCACUAAGGGAGAUGGUCACAAACUACCGAAUUAUAUCAAAUCCAAAGGGCAAAAUUUAAUCUAAAAUAAGUCUUGUGACAAGUCAGCUAUAGUGUCAGCUUUUCUAUUUUAAUUUGCUAUAAUUAAGAGUUUAGUGGGAAAUAAAGUAUUGUUGAUUGUUGUAGCUAUUCUGUCAGUAACAAAGAAACGUUAUAGAGUGAUAUCAACACAAAUCAUUCUACUCCAGAUGUAGUAUAAAUGACAUUUCACUUAAUUGUCUGGCUAACUGGCAAGGCUCAAAUGGCACUACUGCCAUUGGCAGGGCCAAAUUAAUAGGCUCUGGGCAAGGAUCUGCAAAAAGCCAGGUGCCAAUAAUGUAAUUCAUUAUUUGCCUGAUAGCAUCAGCUGAGUGGUCAUAUGUGCAGAGGAGUGACAAUAAAAGCCCAGAAGUCUAAUUCUGAGCUUUCUAAAGUCACCAGAAGUGGAGUUACACCACCGGCAGCAACAUUAAUUAUCUAUGGUGCAAACAGGGUCUGAAGUUGUCAUGGUGUCUGGGGUAACCCUUUAAAAAUGCAGACGCCUGGCCAGAUCUGUAAGUGUAUGAGAUAUUUAUUCUUUAAAUAUUCCCUCUGUUAUAAUUUUUUUUAAUUUUUUUUUUUUUUUGUCUAUAUGACUAGUAGAAAUGUAUAGGUAAAGAAAUCAUGGUCAAUAUGAGUUCUGUUUAAAAUAAUUGUUGCUAAUCAGAAAUUACUUUUUGGAAGGAGACUUUCCUUAUAGCAGCUAUAGGGGUGGAAAUGAGGAAUCAAAUUAGGUGUGAGUUUAUUACAAAUGUCAACACGCUCAGUGUUGUAGAGUAAAUGUAGCUCUUAACUUUUUAUCUCUGUUAUGGUGAUUUAAAAAAAAAAAUGCCUUCCCUCUUCACUUCUGUCACUAGUUAGGAGUAUUUUGACGCUAUCCUGCUAAAUACUUGCAAUAUUUGUGUGAUGUCAUAAUGUUCAUCUGUAUUUCUGAGUAUAUUUUAAUGACAGCUCCUUAAUUAUCCUCAUUUGAUGAAUUUUUCAUUUUAUUUUUUUUUUUUUUUCUUGCUAGGUAUCUGCCCUUGACCAGGAGAUAAUUGAGGUGGACCCUGACACCAAGGAAAUGCUGAAGUUGUUGGUAUGUAUUGUAAGAUGUUUUCCAUGGAUCUCUAAAGUAACUUGAGUCAUGAACCCAUUGUGCCUUCAGUGCUGCGCGUUGGCUUUGCAUGAGCAAUGAAAUCACUUACCAUUUCUAGUUUUCUAGCGGAUUGAUGCAUAAAGCAGAUUGCCAGCGUGGAAGUUGAGCUUCCAAACUUGCAAUAUUCCACACACAUAGUUUGCCAUUCAGUGACUUGGUUCACUGGCCGAUGUUCAGCCAAUGAAUGAUGUACAAAGUUAAACAAACUGAUAAUGUGGAAGUAGACUGUUUGGCUUGCACCAUCGAUGCCCCAUGGUUUUGUUUUUUUCCAAAAAUUCUCACAUAGAACAUAGGGGGAGGAGGGGUAGAAUCAGAAGCAUGUAGUAAAUGUUUAGAGUGGCAUUUUAACUUGUAUGUUAAAAGGCCAUUCUGUUUAUUCCUUCUUUUGUUUUUAUUCAGUAUUGUGGCUUUCUUUUGACCUGCAUCGAAAGUGAUUGUGGCUCUAUAAGUUGCCUGGUCAUUGAUACUGCAGGGAGAGCAUGUUGUGAUGUCUUUUUCCCGUGUUUGGCUGUCUGAUUCUUAUACAUACCAAACCCUGUAACCAUCACACAAAAAUGCAGUCUAACUGUGUGUCUGUUUCAAAAUCAGCUUUAAUACUUUUUUACGCACCUAUUUUAUAUUUUAAAGCGCAUGUAAAUUGUUUAACCCCUUAAGGACAAAACUUCUGGAAUAAAAGGGAAUCAUGACAGGUCACACGUCAUGUGUCAUUAAAGGACCACUAUAGUGCCAGGAAAAUGAGUGUGUUUUCCUGGCACUAUAGUGCCCUCACCCUCAGGGUCCCCCUCUCGCCGGGCUGGAUGGAGAGGAAGGGGUUACCACUUUCUCCAGUGCCGGGCGGGGAGCUCUCCUCCACUUCGGCUGAAUGCGCAUGUGCGGCAGGAGCUGCGCGCGCAUUCAGCCAGUCCAUAGGAAAGCAUUCACAAUGCUUUCCUAUGGACGCUGGCGUCUUCUCACUGUGAUUUUUCACAGUGAGGAACUCUGAAGCCUUCUAGCGGCUGUCAAUGAGACAGCCACUAGAUGCUGGAUAAACAUAGCAGUUUCUCUGAAACUAUGUUUAUAGAAAAAAGGGUUAACCCUAGAUGGACCAGGCACCCAGACCAUCUCAUUAAGCUGAAGUGGUCUGGGUGCCUAUAGUGGUCCUUUAAGGGGUUAAAUGGAUCUAUCACUUUCUUGGGUCUUUACAAAUUUCACAAAGACCCCUGGAAUGGACAGAUCCAAUGUGGGUGGGUGCAGGGGGAGGUAAUUUUUUUGUUUGUUUUUUUUGUUUUUAGUCUCCGGCUGUCCCUCACAGCCGCUGCUAUCUUGGUCCUGCUUCCCUCUUCAGCUAUUACUACUUAAGUUGCCAGGAGCCACGUCUGUCCUGUAUACUUGUGCAUGCACAAGAGUACACUGAGGGCUGUGUAGGUCCCUGCAAGAUGGCAGGAUCCUCCAUAGACAUCCUGAAUCCCAAAGCUGUCUUUUUUGUGGACUUGAGAAAAAGUUGACAGAGCUCUGCCUUUUGUCAGCAUCAGGCUUGACCAUAUAUUCUAUUCUGACACUAUAUCAGGUCCCCUGACCCCUCUUUUUUUUUUCUCCCAGUAAUGCACCUGUCUCGCCCUACUGUCCCCAUCCUCCAUGGUUGAGAAUAUCCAUUAUGACCAUUUCAGUCAGUCCGUAAUGCUUUCUUGUAGGAAAGCAUUGGGAGGCUAUUGCACAUGCACAGCAAAAUUCUUUGUUGCACCAAUCAGCAGCAUCUCAGUGAUGCAUUGAAUCAAUGUAUCCCUAUGGGGAAUGUUCAGCCUCUCCUCUCAAGGCAAAGUGUGAAGAUACUGAACAUAUUGGUGCUGCACACUUGGAAGCACCUCGAGUGGCCAUCUCUGAAAAGGCAUUGUUUACAUUGGAACGCCUUCCAGGCACAGGCUAUAGGCACCAGAACCAGUAGAUUAAGCUGUAGUUGUUCUGGUAACUAACGUGUCCCUUUAAUGUUUACUUCGAAAAAGGGGAGAACUAAAUUUAAAAAUUAUGUGAAAAUGUGAGUUAUGCAGUAUGCAAAUGAGCAAGUGCAAAUUGUUAACUAUUUUGUCCUGAUUGUUUGCGCCUAUACAAGUGAUUGGUCCAUAUGCAAUGUUCUUACUAUUUCUAGCAUUUUAACAUUAUUCUCUGUCUUCCAGGACUUUGGCGGCCUAUCCAACCUGCAAGUCACCCAGCCAACUGUCGGGAUGAACUUCAAAACGCCACGGGGGGCUGUUUAAAAAUUUGUAUUGUAAAAUUACCAAUAAACUUUGGAAAACACCAAAUAUUACGUCUUUGUUUAAGCUUUUAUUGAUUUUUGGUAACACGUUGGAUGUGAGAUAGAUAUAUAUAUCUCUCUCUCCCUCCCAAAAAUCCAAGGGUAUGGCUGCACUCAUGGUUUAAAAGUC